AUGACUGAACAAAGCCCAACGAAGUCCAGCAUAAAAACUGCAAAAAAUCCUAAAGAUACCAUGAUGGCCGUCGAGUGGCAUGGAACAGCUGAUGUUCGCGUUAAUAUGAAACGACCAAGACCUGUGAUUACUAAACCGACUGAUGCCAUCGUUCGCAUUACCGCAACGACAAUCUGCGGAUCUGAUCUUCACUUGUAUCAUAAAGCAAUUCCUCGCGUGGCGAAAGGUGACAUUAUGGGUGCCGGUCCAGUGGGAAUAAUGUGUGCAGCAUGGGCAAAAUAUCUUGGAGCUUCUCGCGUAAUUGUAAUUGAUUCUGUUCCAAGCCGCCUACAAGUUGCUCUUAAAAUCGAAGGAAUUGAAAUAAUUAAUUGUAAAGAAGAUAAAGACGUCGUUGGAAAGAUUAAAACUUCCGUACCUGGAGGUUUGGAUAUUGCUAUUGAUGCUGUGGGAAAUAAUUAUGUUACAAAAUCUCUUAUCGGCAAGCUUGAGAAGGCUUUUUUUGCUGAGACUGAAAGUUGUGAUGCACUUGAUGAAGCUAUUUUGUGCACGAAGAGAGCUUACAAAAAAUUGGAUAAAAAAGAAGAGGGAAUAAUCAAAAUCUUUCUAAUUGUCGAUGAAAAGGAAUUUCCUCAUCUCAGUACCAGUUUUGCGAGUGGAAGUAGAACUAGUACAGUAGCCGAAACUGCGAGUAAAAGUAAACCCGAUGAAGUUGUUGAAACUGUGAGUGAAAGUAGUCCCCGUGAAAUUUCUGAAUCUGUGAGUGAUGCGAAGAUCGUUAUGACCGUUCCUAACUUAUCUACUGAACCCAUUGAUCGUGUAUCAAGUGAACCUAUUCGUCGUUCAUCUUUUGAAAGCAAUGGCUUAGUUCAAGAUGCUAGUUCUGCGAAAUCUCACAGCGAUACUGGGUGUAAAAAGGAAGAAAUUCAUAAAACGUCACAAAGUACUAAAAGCGACAUUAAUUAUGAUGAGUUUCAUGAAAACGGAUCGCAUAAAAAAGACGAA